AUGACAAUAUUAACUCUUUUUCGCGUAGCAAAUUUAUCGAAAGUUAUAAAGAGAGCAAACAGUUGUCAAAUAGAAGCUUAUUCUUCUUAUGUAAAAUAUGCAGAACAUAAACCUUUAGAAAGAAUAAGGAAUAUUGGUAUUUCAGCCCAUAUAGACUCUGGAAAGACUACUUUAACAGAAAGAAUAUUAUUCUACACAGGCAGAAUUGAUGUUAUGCAUGAGGUAAAAGGCAAAGACAAUGUUGGCGCAGUGAUGGAUUCAAUGGAACUUGAACGCCAAAGAGGAAUUACUAUUCAGUCUGCUGCCACCUACACAAUAUGGAAGGACCAUAACAUAAACAUCAUUGACACACCAGGACAUGUAGACUUUACAGUGGAGGUAGAAAGAGCAUUGAGGGUGCUGGAUGGAGCCAUAUUAGUCCUUUGUGCUGUGGGAGGAGUUCAGAGUCAAACACUAACAGUUAACAGGCAAAUGAAACGCUACAAUGUACCAUGCCUGGCGUUUAUUAACAAGCUAGAUAGAUUGAGUGCAAAUCCAGAAAGGGUACUUAAACAAAUGCGUUCUAAACUUAACCAUAAUGCAGCCUUCCUUCACUUACCUAUUGGUUUAGAAAAAGAAUGCCAAGGCAUACUUGACCUUGUUGAAGAAAAAGCAUUGUACUUUGAUGGUGAUUAUGGUGAGAAAGUUCGCUUGGACGAGAUUCCACAAGACAGAAGAGCUGAAGUGCAAGAAAGACGCCAUGAAUUAAUAGAGCAUUUGUCGAAUGUAGAUGAAACUUUAGGUGAACUAUUUUUAGAAGAAAAGACACCCACGAUUACAGACCUAAAACAAGCAAUACGUCGAACGACCUUGAAGAGAGUCUUCACACCGGUACUUUUAGGUACUGCUCUAAAGAACAAAGGAGUUCAACCAUUGCUCGAUGCAGUAUUGGACUAUCUACCGCAUCCAGGCGAAGUCGAAAACACUGCCAUAUUAAAUGAGAAGAAAGGUUCUGAAGGGCAAAAUAUAUUACUAGAUCCAACAAGGAGUGACAGUAAGCCUUUUGUGGGGUUGGCUUUCAAGUUAGAAUUGAGCAAAUUCGGGCAGUUGACUUACUUGAGAUGUUACCAGGGCAUGUUGAAGCGAGGCGAUAAUAUUUUUAAUUCGAGGACCGGAAAGAAGAUCAAGGUAUCGCGAUUAGUCCGAAUGCACUCCAACAACAUGGAGGAAGUAAACGAGGUCCUGGCUGGUGAUAUAUUUGCUCUGUUCGGUGUUGAUUGUGCAUCCGGUGACACAUUUGUAAAUGACUCUAAAUUAGAUCUGUCUCUGGAAUCAAUCCACGUUCCCGAUCCUGUUGUGUCAAUGUCUAUAAAGCCAAAGAACACUAAGGAUAGAGAUAACUUUUCUAAAGCAGUAGCAAGGUUUACCAAAGAAGACCCCACAUUCCACUUCCGUUACGACAGCGAUAAUAAGGAGACCAUCGUAUCGGGCAUGGGUGAACUUCAUUUAGAGAUCUAUGCACAGAGAAUGGAGCGGGAAUACAAUUGCCCUGUUGAAUUGGGAAAACCUAAAGUAGCAUUCAGAGAAACAAUGACGUCACCAUGUACCUUCGACUACCUGCACAAAAAGCAAUCUGGUGGCGCAGGACAAUACGCCAGAGUUAUCGGUAUCAUGGAGCCACUGCCCCCUCAACAGAAUACCUUGCUGGAGUUCGUGGAUGAAACCGUAGGAACAAAUAUUCCAAAGCCUUUUGUACCCGGCGUCCAAAGAGGUUUCAUAGAUACUUGUCAAAAAGGAUAUCUCUCAGGCCACAAAAUAUCCGGCGUGAAGUUCCGCCUGCAAGAUGGUGCUCAUCAUAUUGUUGACUCUAGUGAACUUGCUUUCUUCCUCGCUGCUAAGGGAGCUGUGAAAGAAGUGUUUGAAAAUGGAUCCUGGCAAAUUCUAGAACCAAUUAUGUUUGUGGAGGUGACCAUGCCAGAAGAGUUCCAUGGUACAAUUGUUGGACAGUUGAACAAAAGAGGAGGCAUUGUAACUGGCACUGAAGGCUCUGAGGGAUGGACAACAAUAUAUGCUGAAGUACCUUUAAAUAAUAUGUUUGGAUAUGCAGGCGAGUUAAGAUCAAUGACACAAGGUAAGGGUGAGUUCAGCAUGGAGUACAGCCGUUAUUCACCUUGUCUACCAGAUGUCCAGGAACAAUUGAUCAGGAAAUAUCAGGAGGAAAUGGGCCUGUUACCCGAUCAAAAGAAGAAGAAGAAUUGA